GUCAUCCUCUCCCCAUCAGAAGAGUCAAAACCCAGAGCUCGCGAGAGCCGCCGGACCCGGAGACGCCUUCUCCUCCCUCUCUGCUUUGGGAUUCAACUCCCACCCCCACCACCUCACCUGGCUGCUACUCUAUACUCAACCGGAUUGCAGCUUCUCAUCUCAUCUCAUAUAUAUACGCGCCCUCCCAAUCUCUUCUCCGAGCGCGAAAUCUGACAGAGCAGUGCCAGACCGUUGUUGAGCAGGGAGUGGAAGGGGCAAUUCAAUUCGCAAUGGAAUCCCUAGCCGCCGCCACGUUCUCGCCCUCGCGCCUCGCCGCCCACCCCGCCCCGCCCGCGGCUGCGGCGGCGGGCAGAUCGAGGGCGGUGGCGGCACGAGGGAGGAGGAGGAGCAGCAGCGGCCUGAGGUGCUCGUCGGCGAGCGCGAGGGCGAGCGCGACGCCGGUGAUCAAUGGGAGCGCCGCCGCGAAGGCAGAGGAGGAGGACCGGAGGCGCUUCUUCGAGGCGGCGGCGCGGGGGACCGGCAAGGGCAACCUGGUGCCCGUGUGGGAGUGCAUCGUGUCGGACCACCUCACCCCCGUGCUCGCCUACCGCUGCCUCGUCCCCGAGGACGACAUGGACACCCCCAGCUUCCUCUUCGAGUCCGUCGAGCAGGGGCUCGAGGGGACCACCAACGUUGGUCGUUACAGCAUGGUGGGAGCCCACCCGGUGAUGGAGGUGGUGGCCAAGGAGAACAAGGUCACCAUCAUGGACCACGAGAAGGCCGAGGUGACGGAGAAGAUCAUGGAUGAUCCUAUGCAGGUUCCCAGGAGCAUAAUGGAGGGAUGGCACCCGCAGGAGAUCGACCAGCUCCCUGAGGCCUUCAGCGGUGGAUGGGUUGGGUUCUUUUCCUAUGAUACAGUCCGCUAUGUCGAAAAGAAGAAGAUACCUUUCUCUGGUGCUCCCCACGACGAUAGGAACCUUCCUGAUGUUCACUUGGGGCUUUAUGACGAUGUUCUUGUCUUUGACAAUGUUGAGAAGAAAGUUUAUGUCAUCCAUUGGGUAAGUGUGGACCGACAUGCAUCCACUGAGGAAGCGUAUAAAGAUGGCAGGUCCCGGUUGAAGCGGUUGCUUUCUAAAGUUUACAAUGCUAAUGUCCCCAAGCUCUCUCCAGGAUUUGUGAAGCUACAUACUCGGCAGUUCGGUACACCCUUGAAUAAAUCGACCAUGACAAGUGAUGAAUACAAGAGUGCUGUUAUGCAGGCUAAGGAGCAUAUUCUGGCCGGUAAUAUUUUCCAGAUUGUUUUAAGCCAGCGUUUUGAGAGGCGAACUUAUGCCACUCCAUUUGAGGUUUACCGUGCUUUACGAAUUGUCAACCCAAGCCCGUACAUGGCUUAUGUGCAGGCGAGAGGCUGUAUCCUGGUAGCAUCUAGUCCUGAAAUUCUUACAAAAGUUGAGAAGGGAAAGGUUAUUAACCGGCCACUUGCUGGGACUACCCGAAGGGGUAAGACAGAGCAUGAAGAUAAAUUGCAAGAGGAACAACUAUUGAAUGAUCAAAAGCAAUGUGCUGAACACAUUAUGCUUGUAGACUUGGGAAGGAAUGAUGUUGGCAGGGUAUCCAAAUCUGGAUCUGUGAAGGUGGAGAAGUUGAUGAACAUUGAGCGGUACUCCCAUGUUAUGCACAUCAGCUCCACGGUUAGUGGAGAGUUAGAUGAUCAUCUCGAAAGCUGGGAUGCACUACGAGCAGCAUUGCCUGUUGGAACAGUCAGUGGGGCACCAAAGGUAAAAGCCAUGGAGCUAAUAGAUCAGUUGGAAGUCACAAGACGAGGACCAUACAGUGGUGGUUUAGGAGGGAUAUCAUUUGAUGGUGACAUGCUUAUUGCUCUUGCUCUCCGCACCAUUGUAUUCUCAACAGCUCCAAGCCACAAUACGAUGUACUCAUACAAAAGCUCAGAUAGGCGCCGAGAGUGGGUUGCUCACCUUCAGGCUGGUGCGGGCAUUGUUGCUGAUAGUAUCCCAGACGAUGAGCAAAAAGAAUGUGAGAAUAAGGCGGCUGCCCUAGCUCGGGCAAUUGAUCUUGCAGAGUCAGCUUUUGUAGACAAAGAAUAGAGUGCUUAUUAAAUUAUUUUUGUUAGUUGUUCAUCAUUUUUCAUCCAGUUUAUGUUGGAAAGUUGUUCAUCAUUUCUUCACCCAGUACAUGUUGGGAAGAAAGAAGCAAUAACCUUCUGCUGUCCUGUGAAUUGAAUAAAUCUGGAGCUAUAAUAAGAUGUAUUUUGUUCAUCAGAAA